GCCCGGCCCGGCCCCGCCCGGCCCGGCUCCCCACGGCUCCCCCCGGCCGCGGGGGCUCCGUUCCCGCCCGCCCGGGCUUGCCCCGCAGCCGUCCGGGCGUUGUCUCAGGGGGUGGCCAGGCCGCAGAGUGCCCGCAGCCUCCCCCGCCGAGGCCGGGGCGGGGACAGGUGAAGGCCGUUUGUCGUGAGCAGCUGUGCUGGAGGGGGAGGGAGGGUCUCACCCGGGGGGGAGACAUGGUCAGGGCGUCAGGUACCCCGCCAGCGGCAGCUCGGUCCCCGCUCUGUUACCUCGCCAAUCAGUGUUAAGUGCAAUUUUUUCUGCCUUCGGGUUUGUUUUUUUGUUGUUGUUGUUUUGUUUUGUUUUGUUUUUUAAUGGAUAGUACUGACAAUUGUUGAAGGUUUUAUGGUUUUCUGUUGAAAGGGACAUUGGUACUGAUUAGGUUUGCUGUAGCCAUGUCAGGAUCAGCCCCCGAGGAGCCUCAGACCAUUCCUCAGAGCCCAGCUAGUGUUCCUGACCCCGCUCCCGUUGCUGUCGGACCUGGAGGCUCAAGUGACAGUUCCUUUGGUGAGCAAAACCUUGGCUUCUCCACCCCCGAGGCCAGCCUGGUGGAGAUGAUGGACAUUGAGUACACCCAGCUGCAGCACAUACUUUGCUCGCACACGGAGGCUCAGAGUAGUGAAGGAGAAGUGGAAGCCAGGCUCAGCGCUUUCUCCUCGCCUGGCCCCUCUGCAGACCCCCCUCUGCAGCAGCCCUCCCCCAGCACCAGUCAGGACGGGGGCUCCUCCAACAGCUCUGGGAACCAGUCGGUCUGCCCAGUUACCUGUCAGUCAGGGUUGCCUUGUGACAGCUACUGGCCGAAUUCUAACCCACACCUGGGCUAUGCUGACUUGCAGGAGCUCAGGAUGAUGUUACUUAGCGAGUCCAACCUCCCUGUGAACCCAAGAGAGAAAGGCAGCAGUAGCUCUGUAGACGUCUCGGGAUGCAGUGUAGCAAAAGCUAAACAGGGUGAAAAUUUCUUGGGGGAGAAUAAGGAAAACGUAUUUGUUGAAAAUUCGGCACUGGCACCAGAGGUUAGAUCUAAACCUGCAGUCAGAGCUCGGUUGGAAGACAGAUUCAACAGCAGCCCGACAGAAAACCCCAGAUGUCAAGAACCCCAAGAAUCUGGAGUAACUCUUAACAAUUUAGUGACAUUGAUCCGCCAGCCCUCAGAAGUGGUGGGUGUUCCUCUUCACCAGCAAGGGAACAGGUGUGCUGCACUAGGGAAAAAUAAGGCUGCACCUGCCACACAUUCCUUACCAUUUACUUACCCAUUCUUUACCAUGAAUGCAUGUUCUGCUGCUGGAAGUGCUAAUCCUUCCCAAGCACAGACCUGUGGAACAUCUUGCACUAUUUUGGAAGCUGCCAAACAUCAAGACCUUGGGAUACCUAAGACAUUCCCUUUUCUCUAUCAGGAAGUUGAAUCCACAAAACAGACAGUAGGUGCUAUAAAUAAAGCUUUGCCUGAGGAAGUUUGGAUUAAAGUUGGAGACACCUUAUGCAAGCAAGCCAUAAACAGAAGUUGCAGCAGAAUAAAUCUGUUGGAUGCAAACAUGGAUCGCAAACCUCUCGGUGAGAUUCGGAACAACAACCAGAGCACUGCAGCUGCCCAGGGCCCCUGGCAGUCAGCACAGCCCAGCUCCAGUGUGCAGGUACACAGUGGUUCCCAGGAUGGAAGCGCCCAGAGAAGGGAAAGGCACAACCGCCUGGAGAGAGACAGGAGGCGCAGGAUCCGGGUUUGUUGUGAUGAGCUCAAUCUCCUCGUUCCCUUCUGCACGAUUGACACUGACAAGGCAACAACUUUGCAGUGGACAACUGCAUUCCUCAAGUACAUUCAGGAAAGGCACGGUGACUCCCUGAAGCAGGAAUUUGAGACUGUGUUCUGUGGUAAAACAGGCAGGAGACUAAAAAUUGGAAGACCAGACUCGUGUAUAAUGUGUCCAGCACAGGAAAACCGCACAGCUAUGGAGACCAAAUAG